AUGGGAGACCCAGGAAGAUUGGAAGAGGGCGGUGCAAGAGGAGCGCCUCUGAGUAUCAACCCAAAACCCGCAAAGGAUCAAGCUACGGCAGUACCAAAUCCAUCGACAAUGCAAACAGCUGCCAAGCAAGGGGAUCAAGACUUGCCAGUCACAAUACCAGAGGAGAAGCACCUCAGAGAGACGCAAGAGUUGACAGCCGAUGUGAUGAAGUAUCGGGUCGAGAAUGGGCGAACCUACCAUGGCUUCAAGGAGCAUCUGCGUUAUGUACUACCCAACGACGAGUCUGAAAAAAGGCGACUAGACGUGCAACAUUACCUCACAUAUUUAACGCUGGAGGGUAGACUGUAUCUCUGCCCAGCCGGGAGAGACCGGCCCAUACGGACGUGCUUGGAUGCCGGCACAGGGACAGGUUCCUGGGCGCUCGAGUUCGCCCAAGAACAUCCCGAUACAGAGGUCAUCGGCAUUGACAUUUCGCCCAUACAGCCCGAAUAUGUGCCCCCAAAUGUAUGCUUCCAGAUCGACGACGUGGAGGAUGACUGGAAUUACGACGAGCCCUUCGACUUCAUCUUCUGUCGCAUGCUCACGGGCGCCAUAGCAGAUUGGACUCGGUUCUUCAAACAGUCCUUUGCCAAUCUUGAGCCGGGCGGCUGGUGCGAGGUCCAGGACAUUGUCGCCCCCAUACAGUGCUCGGACGGCACACUGGAUCCCGACUCGCCGCUGGCGACCUGGAGCCGCGACCUUUUGCGGGCGACACAGCUUGCUGGUCGGGGUAUAGACGGGGCAAAGUUAUACAAACGCCAGAUGGAAGAAGCUGGGUUUGUGAACGUAAAGGAAGAAAUCUUCAUCUGGCCCCAGUGCCCCUGGGCGGACGAUGACUACUACCGCAUGCUGGGUCGGUGGGCGGAUGUCGCCAUCACGGGAGGGCUCGAGUCGCUCAGCACAGCCUUGUUCACCAGACACCUUGGAUGGAAGAAGGCUGAGCUAGAUGUGUACCUGACGCAGGUCCGCAAGCAGAUGAGAGACAGGGGGGUCCAUGCGUACUGGACAAUUUACAUGGUUUACGGGCAGAAGCCUGAGUAG